UGCUGUGUUUAGGGCUGGAGCCACGCCAGGCUGGGUCCAUGUCUUGUCCUGUGCAGAGUUGGCUGCUUCUUACUUGGGGAGCUGCUAGGAUCCUGGCAGAGUUGCCUUGGCUCGGGUCCCUCCCCUGUUCCCAGGCAGACAAAUUUGCCAGUGGGAGUGGGGAGGGCUGCUGGGAGGAGAAGGCACAGACAUCAGGGAACUGUAGGGUAUUUAAGGUCAAAAGUCAUGCCUGGCCUUGGAACCCCUAGGGGGACACUGUCCCUGGCUGGAUCUCUGGGUGGAGGAAACUUCUGCUUGAUACCCCUCCCUAAGGUUGCCUUGAAGUUUUGUCCCAGGAGGUGGCCUAGAUCUUCUGACGAGGGCUUGGUAUCAGGCCAGGCUUCCCAGCUCCCUGCCCAGAAUCAGGACCUUAAGAACCAGUAUCCUUGGGAGGGUCUGGAAAUGCCUCCUGAGACUCAGAUCUCGUAUCAAUGUCCUCACAGGUGCCGAGACAACCCCGCUAUGGCAGAAAUUACGGAAGCCUCUGGACCAUUCUAUAAAGCAGAAAUGGAUGAGCCUUGGACUGGAGAAUGCUUUGACUUGAAUCAGCAGGCGUGGAUCCUUAAGGGUCACACCCUCGUGACAGUUCCACUGAACAACAGUGUGACUCCAGUCGUUGUCACUGUUAUGCCAUGCAAGAAUCCAGGCUCUGUUGAGGAAGACAAAGGGGUUCCCAUUUAUUUGGGAAUAGAGAAUCCAGAAAUGUGUCUGUAUUGUGAGGACGUUGGAGGACAGCCCAAAUUGCAGCUGAAGGACCAGAAAAUACUGGAUCUGUACAACCGACCUGAGCCCAUGGAGCCCUUCCUUUUCUACCAUGGCCGGACAGGCAGUACCUCCACCUUUGAGUCCGUGGCCUUUCCCGACUGGUUCAUCGCCUCCUCCGAGCAAGGCCAGCCCAUCUUUCUCACUUCGAACCUGGGGAAAAUGUACAGUACUGCCUUCCGCAUAGAUUUAGGAUUUAACUCAGCCUAGAGGUGGCAGCUUGGUCUUAUAAUUUCUCGUUCUCAGCGUGUCUUCAUCUGGAUUUUCUCAGCAUCAUUGCACACUGAUGCUGAGAGGUGGGCUUGGCCCUGUUCUCAUCUUAUUUUAUGAACGGAGAAGAAGCAAUGACCUCGUGGCACCCAAGGAAUAGAAUGUGGGCUCGAAAGCAGGAGGGAGGCGGUGACGUGUGGCUGUCCUUUCAAGCUGAAACUGUACAUCUCUCAAGCCAUCUGUACACGGACAUCGGGAUCCAAAAAACACCUGUCCCAGGGGUGGUUAUGAAGAACCACGAAUUCAGAGUUCACCCGUCUUACCCAAGAUCCUGGGACUAGCAUGGAGCUGAUCUUUGUUUUUGUUUUGCUUUGUUUCCUUUCCUAAUGGGAUUACGUUUCCCAUAAUCUCUCUAUGUUUCCAGUAUAUUGUAAGGGGUGUAAUAUAUCCUUUUAAGGGUUAGGAACUUGUAAAGAAAACCAAUUCUUCAUUAAAUUACUUAUGUCUAAUUCUAAUAA